CAUGGUUAAAUCCAUCUGCACCAAAGUGGCGCAAAAGCCGUCGCGUCUUCUUCCUCCUCCGUCGUCGUCAGCUCUCCGCAGAGGAUGUUAAACGGCAAGUCCAAGUUCCCUCGCGAGCCCCUCGCUGCCAUGGCCGCCUCUCUGGCGUCUCAGAACCAGCUCAUGGACUCGCUCACCUCCCACAUCUCUCUCUACACCUCCCGUUCCCCCUCCCCAUGCCCUAGCUCCGCCCUGCGAUCCUCGAUCCUCAAAUGGCUCUCCUCCCUCGGCGCCCAGCAACGCCGAUCACACAUGACCGUCGUCGAUCCCAGGUUCGUCCAGAUCCUAAUCCGGAUGCUCGGCUACCUCCGCACCCGCGGCCACGGCUCCUUCAUCCUGUUGCCGGACCUCCCGGAGGGCGAUCUCCCCGGCGUCUGCUACAAGAAGUCGCGCGGGCUUCUGUCUCGCGUUGCGGAAUCGAACUGUUCGGAGGGAUCCAUUUUCGACUCGGUGCUGUUUUUCAGCUCGAAAGAAGGGGAGAGUGUUGAGGGAUGUUCGGUUUCGGUGAAUUGUCUCGACUCUGUUACUGUUAGCGAAGGGUUCGUGGAAAAUGUGGAUUCAUUUGUGGAAGCGAUGGAUAAGGUGUCGAAUGGAGGGUUUUUAAGGGGUGAAGAGAGUGAAUUGGGAGUAGAUUGGGUGGAAUUAGAUUGGUUGAAGGCGAAGGGAUAUUACACCCUGGAGGCUUUUGUGGCGAACAGGUUGGAGGUGGCAUUGAGGCUGGCUUGGCUGAAUUGUAAUAGUGGUAAAAAGAGAGGGGUGAAGCUCAAAGAGAAGUUGGCGAUGGCUAGUGUUGCAGCCAAUAUGUUUUGGAGGAAGAAGGGUUGUGUCGACUGGUGGUCGAAUUUGGAUGCGGAAGUGAGGCAAAAGGCCUUAACUUCAGUAUUCGGGAAGUCCGCAAAAGCCUUGGCUCUGAAGAUUCUGACAGAGGUAAAAAGUGCCUCAAAAGACAGGCUGUGGGCUUUCUCUCUGGAGUCGCAUCCAUCACUUAAGUACAAUGAGAAUGUGUCUUUGCAAAGAGCGGCACCAGAACUUGCAUCCGACGUAGAGUUUGGUUCAAUGAUUAUGCAUAACUCUAUUUCUCAGGGACAUUCUUCUUUUGCCAAUGUCUUCAAUUGUUUGCUUGUGCUUCGAGAUGCCAUUACAUUAAAAUCGUGUCUGGAAAGUGACUUUGACGGAGGGAAAGUAUUUUUUAGCUCCCUGAACGCUAUUGGUACUAUUUCUGAUUGUAUACUAGCAAAACUGCGGGCAUUUCUUGUGAUUAUUUAUCUUGAGUGCACGAAACUUGAACUUCUAGGAGAGGGAAGUUGUAAUUCAUUGCCUAAUAAGUCCAAGGAAAAGCCAGGUGCAUCGGGUCAUAAAAAGAAGGGGAGGCCCGGUAAUUUAAAGAGGCUGAAUUCUACUGGUACUCCCCAAAAGGAUCAUCGGCUGACUGACAAAUCUUGCAAGGCUCAUAAUUUGUCAUCGGCUAAUACUGAGAAGUCAGCAAGCAAGAUGCCUGUGGUCCUUCAGGGGAAUGAGUGUCAGUUGGAGGGGUCAUCGUCGAUAGUCAAAAUGGAAUCUGCCAAAGGAAUUGUUGCUGAAAAAAUCCAGACAUCUGCUCGGAGGAACAAGAAAGCAAAACGUAAAAACAGAAAUUCUGUUGUAGAAAUUUCGAAGGAACAUAUAAAUGACGAGAGGUCUUCAAUUGGUGCUUCCUCUAUUUCUAGUACCUCUCCAGACAAGGCUUCGAAGUUGCUCGAGGGCUCUGAUAAUUCAACUACCUUCGAUUGUGCAAAUCAUAAUUUUAGCAGAGACUACAUCCAUGGUUCAGAUUCGUGUUCUUGCAGUUCUAAAUGUGGACCUGGUGGAGAAGAGGGGCAGGCCUCCAAAAGAGAUAAAGAAGACUCCUCUAUAAGUUCUACAGUUAAUAUGGGUUUUGGCGGUUUAGAAUGUUCAGAAACUUCGAAUACUGCAGUUGAAAAUCCUGUCUUUCAUUCUGGAUCAAAAACACCAAAUGGCAAAUUAAGUUGUAAAAAUGUACGUCUCAAUUGUUUCCCCAAAGAGUCUGACUGUGUCCCAAUCAAUGGAGAAACUGCCAUUCAGAAAUCUGUCAGCAUAAUUCAAGCUGAUGCGAAGUUGGGUGUUUCCAACAAGCAAAGAACUGUCUGUGAUUUGAAAGAGGACUCCACGAGGGAGUGGAGGAAAGGAGAUUCCAAUCAACCUGUACAUAUUACUUCUUUGGAGUGGCUUUCACACGAGUGGCCCAAUGUUGCUAGCACUUACUUUCCGUCAGCUAACUCACAUAUCCCACCUGCCGCUGAUAGGUUACAUCUUGAUGCUGGUCAUAAUUGGCACAAUCACUUCCGCCAACCUUUUCUGUCAGUGGUACAUCAGACAAGGAAUCCUGUGAUUGAAAGUGGGUGUAAACAGAUGCUAACACGACCAAUACCCAUGAGUUCAGAUUGGCCCCCAGUGGUACGAAAUGCUUGUGGAGUAACAGCAUCCUUGGCCUGUAGUUAUGAUUCUGGAUUCAUCUCAAGACGUCACCAUCAGGGUUUCACUACUAACAGUGGGCAGCAUAAUUCAAUGGCAAACAACAAUGAAAAGAAAAACUCUGCUGAUUUUGUGGAUAUACCUGAUUUGUCAAAUACGCAGGAACUCGUUGAUGAGUGUGAGAGCCACUGGAUAUCAGAAGAAGAAUUUGAGGUUCAUGGAGUGUCAGGUUUGGAUUAUAAUCAGUACUUUGGUGGCGGUGUGAUGUACUGGAAUCCUUCUGAUCAUCCUGGGACUGGUUUCUCACGGCCUCCAUCCCUCAGUUCUGAUGACAGCUUCUGGACUUGGCAAGAAGCAGAGAUGAAUCGGGCAGUUGAUGAUAUGGUUGCAUUCUCUUCUUCAUACAGUACAAAUGGUUUGGCGUCACCUACUACUGCUUCAUUUUGUUCUCCAUUUGAUCGUCUAGUUUCUGGACAUCAGGCACUUGGGUAUGUCCUGUCAGGGAAUGAUGUACCUGGUCAGGCACUGCAUUCUUCUUCCCCAAUUACAGACAAAAAAGGAGAGGAUGAGGCUUCUGGAUCUUCAGCCCGGUUACCGGGUGAUCUGGAGGGAAAGACCGGAGACCCUCUUCCCUAUCCUGGUUUAAGACCAAUUAUCAUUCCUAAUAUGUCAAGGGAAAGACUAAUCAAGAGUCCUCGUGUUCCUCCAACUAGGCGGGAACGGCCUCGUAUAAAACGGCCACCAUCGCCUGUUGUUCUUUGUGUACCAAGGGCACCACGUCCGCCUCCACCAUCAACUGCGGGAGAGUCCAGAAAACAUAGGGGCUUUCCAACUGUUAGAUCUGGUAGUUCCAGUCCAAGGCACUGGGGUAUGAGAGGCUUGUAUAAUGAUAUUGGGAACUUGGAGGAAAGUUCUCUGCACAUUGAUGGUACUGAAGUUGUUUUUCCUUCUUGGAGAAAUAAUAAUCUUUCAGCUCGUCCAGUCAUCCAGCCUCUACCUGGAUGUUUGCUGCAAGACCAUCUUAUUGCAAUAUCGCAUCUAGCUUGUGAUCAGGAACAUCCAGAUGUCGCCUUCCCUCUGGAACCGCUGGAAGGAGAGAGUGGACCUUCUCGGACAGAAUCUCUUUCUUUGAUGCAUAGCCUUCUUCACGAAGAAAUUGACUCAUUCUGCAAACAGGUUGCUGCAGAGAAUUUAUACAGGAAGCCUUAUAUCAAUUGGGCUGUUAAGCGUGUCACACGAUCUCUCCAGGUUCUUUGGCCCAGGUCGCGGGCUAAUAUCUUUGGUUCAAAUGCAACAGGGUUGUCGCUUCCCUCAAGUGAUGUGGACCUUGUUGUCUGCCUUCCCCCUGUUAGGAACCUGGAACCGAUAAAAGAAGCUGGGAUCUUGGAGGGGCGUAAUGGUAUCAAAGAGACAUGCCUUCAGCAUGCUGCUAGGUAUCUUGCCAAUCAGGACUGGGUUAAAAGUGAUUCCCUUAAAACUGUGGAAAAUACUGCUAUUCCUAUUAUAAGGCUAGUGGUGGAAGUUCCACAAGAUCUGGUUUCAUCCAGUGCUUCUAGUGUACAAUCACCAAAGGAAGAACCAAGUCAUAAUGGUCUUGAGUUAUCCAAGCUAGCACAUGCACAUUCAGAUGUGCAAGAGGACUCUGCCCCACAAAUGUGCUCCCAGACAAACUAUAAUUAUAUGGAUAGUUCAAAAUCAGUGCGUCUCGACAUCAGCUUCAAGUCUGCUUCACACACAGGACUCCAGACAACAGAGCUGGUAAAGGAGCUGACUGAACAAUUUCCAGCUGCCACACCGCUCGCUUUGGUGCUAAAACAAUUUCUGGCAGAUCGCAGCCUGGAUCAGUCUUAUUCUGGUGGUUUGAACUCAUAUUGUCUGGUGUUGCUAAUUACACGUUUUCUUCAACACGAGCAUCACCGUGGCCGAUCAAUCAACCAGAACUUUGGAAGCCUUCUUAUGGAUUUUCUUUACUUUUUUGGGAAUGUGUUUGAUCCUCGCGAUAUGCGUGUGUCUGUUCGGGGAAGUGGUUUAUAUCUAAAGAGGGAAAGAGGUUACAGCAUUGAUCCUAUUCACAUAGACGAUCCGCUUUUUCCUAUGAACAACGUGGGGAGAAACUGCUUCCGUGUCCAUCAGUGUAUCAAGGCGUUUGCAGAAGCAUAUUCUGCUCUGAAGCAGGAACUUACUUGCAUCCAAAACAAUGGGGAUGCAUGUUCACGGCCACCAUACAGGCUGCUUCCCAAAAUCAUUCCAAGCAUGGAUCCAUCAUGAGGUUUCUACAGUAUGAGAAUUCUCAUUCAGGUGGCAUUGGUCAACUGGUAUAGUACAAGCGCCAAAUGUAGUGGUUUCUAUUUGACACAUUGGCCUGCAUGCUUGCAGAAGAUUUAAUGUCCCAGGGGGUCGGUCUGUUGAACGUAGAACAAACAUCCAUAUGCAUGUCCACGGUCAGACCUCACGUGGGGGCCGUGGAAUGUGGGACAAGGUGAUAUUGCAGUUUGGACGCUUAUGCUCAUACACUAGAAAGAAACCCUUCUAAAAGUUUUUGGUUGCUGCAUAAACUCUGCCUGGGUUUUUUCCUGGGGUUUGAAAUGGCCGUAUUCCUGCAACUUCCCAUGUGGAUGACAUGUGAAGAUACAUGUUGGCAUUGCCAUUAGGAAGCAUGCUCUCGGCAAAUUGGUAAGGGAAAAUCUGGGUGCUGCAAGGGAACCUUUCUGAAAGCCGUUGCUUGUGGCAUCAGUUUUUCUUGAGGCGCUUCAUCAUUAUCACAGUGCAAAAGAGUUUUAUGACUGACCUCGUGUUUGAUGAAUUUGCCAGAAUAUAUGUUAGCUCUCAAGUUACAGCGCAUAGCUGGAAAGCAAUGGCUGAAGGGCAGGGAUCUGGACGGGCACUCUUACGUCUGUGGUCCUAUGGGCAGGAUGGUUGCAUUUGUUAAACGAAGAAAAUCAUCAAAUAGGAAUUUUGGAGCUACUCUGCUCUUCUCCAGUCAACUGCUCUCCACUCAGUAGUUACUUUUCAUGGACUGCGAAAUCACGGUGAGAUCCCUAUGCUACAAGUGAGGUUAUCAUGGGGGCACAUCGUGAGACGGAGCUAGUGUGUGAAUAUGGUGUGUUUGGAUUGGAUGUUAUUGUGGUUCGUCAGAUGAGAUUUCAUUCUAGACUAUUCAAUGGAUGAAAUGCUUUGCAUUUUCAUUUUGGGGCAUAGUUAUUCAGUGCUACGAUUCAAAACGUCUUACACAUGUUAGUUAAGUCUUAGGCACUUUUCUU